CAGAAAUACAUAUGUACCAAACAUGACAGCGGUGGUGUGUUUACUUUCUUUUUGAGAAAUUUCCUAGAAUUAGCGUUAAAUAAAAUAUGUGAAUUAUUUUUAAAAAUGUUUUAUUUGAUUCCAAUUAAAAGUUUUGAUUAAGUAUACUCACGGUAACUUUUAUCUGGACUCGUUUAAGUAAUUUAUGAUAUUACAACCUCGAAAUAGCAGUGCACAUUGAUAAAACGAUAGUAAACGAAAGUGUAUUAUAUUAACGAUGCCUUCUUCAGCAACAGAUAAAACAAAAGACUGGCAAAUGGAGCUGCUAAUGGAAAAAUUGCGUUCGAAAUCAUCGCAAUGCAAAAGCUUCCCGGAAAUUUCGAAAAAUGUCCGAAUGGCAAUGCUUGAUAAGCGGUACGCCUUAGACAGUGUUGAAAAAAGUCAACAUCAGAAAUGUUUGGACACACUACAGCAUUGCAUUAAGGUAACAUCUUUGCAAAGUAUGGUUGAAAGGCUGGAGAGCUUAACGAGACAGUUGGGAUUAAAGUUCAUGGUUGGCCCGUCUGCUGUGGAGCUAUUCAUAUCAUCUGAUAUGUUUUAUUUAGAAGUGAUUUUAGAUCAGAGCGGUGCUGUUCGAGAUGUUAAAGUACAUCAUGAAGGUAAAAUGGAACAGAGCUGUUCUGAACUACUCAAUUGUCUUUCAAGGCAAGACUUUGAUGAUUUCACUGCCCAACUUGAAGGUUUUGCUUCAAUUUAUCAGUUGAACGCUGAAAAGAAAAUAAAGUCCAAAGCCUUCACUGCAUUGCAGUCUUUAGAGACAGACUUAAGCACUUUAGCUCAACUUCAGACAUUUAUGAAAGAACCCUUUAAUUUGGUGCAUAAGUCACCAGUUGGAAUUUUAGAGAAACGUAGAGGAGGGCAUCCUAUGAAGUUGACAUAUUUUGUGUCUCCAUACGACCUGUUGAAUAUUGAAAGAGAAGAAUUGGAACCAAUGGCAGUUGAGAUGAUAAUAAGUAAAAAAUUAGGGUACAGCGUCACAGUGUGCAUGGAAGGGUCUGCAACACAUAAACUUCAAACCACCUCUCUUAUCACAGUUAACAGAAAUAUAAAUGGGAAAAGUACUCCAUCAUUUGCCGCCUUGUCGCCCCAAAACAGUGCUGUAAUACCCGCUUGUUUCAUCCUUAAAUUGAACAAACCAAUGCCCAUGUGUGUGGCUCUAGUGAAGCAACUACAGCAACUCACUGAACUCGAGUGUGCUGACACCUCAGUAACUCAUCCUUUGCUCAGCCUGAUAGUUACCCAUCACAGCGAUGGAAAAAUGGAUACAGCCAAUAAUAGGGGGCUUUUCGUAACUUUACCUGACCAACAUCACUGCUAUUUCAUGACUGAAAACAAGAAUAUGGAUGGCAUUCUGGUGAAUAGUAUCCCGUUUACCCAUCCAGGACAUGUGUCGCAAAUCCUUGUAAUAUUAAGACAACAGGCAUUGUUUAAUUCGAUUGUUACCAGCUGUGUUAGACCAAAUAGCAAACAAGAUUUUGAGAAUAUGAUCAUGUUUGAAAUAAGUGCUCUAUCAUGGACCCAUAUAUCGAUAUCUUUAGAGCAUCCCAUUGAAGAAACUAUGGCAACUGCUGAAAUAGAUCUAUCUGACAUUUCGAACCUCCAUUGUCGCGUGCAUAGUCCUAGUUCUCCUCCACCUCCAAGUACUCCAGAUGUAGCUUCUGAACUGGCUAUAAAAGCGUUAAAUCGUAGCUUCUCGAUACCGGUUACCAUGCGGGCGAUAACGAAAUUAUGGGAUAAACAAGUUGUACGCAAGAACCACUUUAACGGACAUGAAAAUUUUAGUUUACCCCUCGGUUCAGGCGAUCCGGGGGGCCCUAAGGGCCCCCCAGGUGGUGGCUUGGCCGAUUUUGGGGGGCUCGACCGUAAAAUCAAGCAAGAACCCAUGGGAAACGGAUCCGGACUGGGACAUGGUAUGAACCUCAACAUAUCCAUGAUGGGCAACGCCAAUGCGGACAUGUUCUUAAAUGAUUCAUUAACCGGAUACGAAAGUACGUCUGUUUUUUCAAACGUUGAACUAACAAAUAUUCUCACUGGCUCUGAUAAAUCGGCAAAGAAACACGGAAAGCGUAAACCAAGCGAAGAUGGUUGGAAGUCAAGCAAAAGAAAACAAACAGACGACACGGAUAUGCUUAUAGAAUCUUCGAGUAGCGAUUCUACGUCUAGAAGCACUCCCGUUUCACAAGAAACCGCUUCUGAACUCGAAACGAAUACACCAGUGGGGUUUCAGUCAGAUCUUGAAUUAUCCGCAUUGGAUCCGGCUGAACUGAUAAGUUCCGGCGAUAAGUCCAAUUCCGAAUACGAAAAUGUUGACGAAGAGGUUGUGAGCGUUUUAAUAUCUGGUGGGAAAGACCAUAGACAGUCACGAAAAACCCGUGAAAUAGAUCGAUCACCUUCUGCUACUGAUUUGAUCGAUAAGUCCCUUGUGCCUCCUAAUGUUAGCAUAACUCCCAUCACGUCUCCGUACAGUUCUACCAGCACAAUUGCAAACGAGAGAAAAAGCGGAAUCGAAAUCAUUCCUAUAAACACACCACCUCAAACUUCGGUUCCUAGUUCGAUCACCAUUACCCCCAUCUUAACGUCCCAUUCGAAAAGUGGCGAAGAGAAAAGGCAAAAGAAGUACAGCAAAAAUAAAAGUGAUGACAAAAGCAAACUCGAAAAGAAAAGGAAGCGGAAAAGAGAAGAAAGUCCUAUGGGACCUCCGGAAAAAAUUCCUAAUAAACAAGACUCUAUUAACAAGCCCAUAUCCGUGAGCAUAAAACCGGCAGAGUCUCCCCCUUUACGUCCCAUUACCCCUACGUCACCAUCGAGUAUUGUACGCAAAUUUAGUCCUUCUCCUACGCAAAAUAAAACUUUUACAGUCAGUGGAAAACUGAGUCCAAACAUAAUGAAGUCCUCAGGGUCCAAGCCGUCAUCCCAUCAAAGUCCAAAGCAUUCUCCUGCGCAUGUCCCUAGCAGUCCCAAGCAUUCUUUUUCCAUUUCUAGUCCAAAAAAUCACGGAGCCUCUCCGAAGCACCCUUCCGCUGGCGGUAGCGGUAAACCAAGCAUGUCCACGUUAAAAAGCGCUGCAAAUUCUCCAUCUUCUUCGGGGAAGGGUUCAGGAGAAACGUCAAAGAGCAAAUCGAUUUCUAAAGAUUUAAACCGAGAUAAAGAAAAAAAGUCCUCAUCUUCAAGCGCAAAUGCCAUCAAACCAAAAUCGACGGUGAAAGUUAAACAACUUGAAGGGAACAACUUCGAUGUUACUUUGACACAACAACAAGCAGGUGACAAUUUGCCAUCCCCAGGCACUUCGAUUGAUCCCAAUAAAUCAGCCAUUUCUAAUCAACAAAUGCGCAAUCGCAAGAACUUAUCGCAAAUAGUCGACAAAUUGAAAUCAGCACAACAUUGCGAUGGGACGAUACUGUCAGAUUUAAGUAAAUCUUCCUCAUCAUCCAGCGGGAACAAGGAACGGAGCAGCGGUGGUCAAACUUCGUCAGGGAAAUCUACGGACUCGGGGAGUAGUAAUAAAAGUGGAGGCAAAGAGACCAAAAACUCUGAAUACAUGGUCAAACCUAGUUUAGAUGGAAUGAAAAUAACAAUUAAUAAGACUCGCACCAAAGAAGCCUCUUCGAAAAGUAGUAGUGGUACUAGUUCUAGUGGUGGUGGUGGUAGUAGUAGUGCCGGAAGUGUCGUUAGAAAUCUCUCUAGUUCUGGGACCGGUUCACCAAAAACUCAUACCGGUCUAAAACCGGGAGUCAACAGUGGACCAGCCUCCAAGAAACCCCAAGCUUUUCAGAAGUCUACCACCAGUUUAAGUUCAUCUUUGUCGAGUUAUGGAACUUUGAAAAACUCAAGCGUAAUGAACAAAUCGCAGCAACCAACAAAUGCAAAAACAUCUUCGUCAUCAAUAUCUUCCUCUAGUGGUGGAAGUCUCUUGAAAUCAACGUCGUCGAGGAUGACCGGCUCUCCAAAGACUUCAUCAUCUACUGCAACAGAUCUGAGCAGCAGGAACAAAGAUCGUCCGAAAAUGAGCAAAAGCGGUUCAGAAAAGUCGAUAUUUAGCAGUUCGCGGGACAAAAAAUCAAGUCCAACACCGAACCGAGACGAAAGUGAUGGCGAUAAGGCUUUAAAACUUGCCUUUUCAAAAAUGGACGCGUACGCUUCGCCUCCAAUUGUCGUAGAAGGUCUAAUAAAACAAUUUGACAAAAGCUUUCAGAUACCAAAGUUGUCUGCAAGGAAUUCCGAUGAUGCUAAAAAAACGGCAUCGUCAUUAAACAAAGUUACUACUACGACCUCAUCAGAAACCACAAAUAAUGUAAACAGAUCUCUGGAUGGGGCAAAAAUGUUUGAUGUCCUGUCAAAAAAUGACGUUGUGUUACCGAAAUAUCCCCUCGCCUUGCCCACAACCAAAAUGUUCGACACAUCAAUGGAAACGAAAAUACGGAACAGCAUGAAUGUUACAGUAGGUUCGGUGAUGUCGUCAAAUCCCAAAACAUCCAUGGCUAAUUCGCAACACCAUCAUCCGUUUGAAACGUCAUCCGAAAUGUCCGAAAAAAAGGGAACCACGUCGUCAUCAUCAUCGUCUAAUAAAGAAGAUGUCAAUUUUAAACUUAACUAUCCCAUAUCCUCUGGAAAGUACCCGAUGUCGGCGAGUAGUGGGAGCGGCAGUGGUGGUGGUAAUAGCGAACCCCUCAGCUUAUCGACUAAAAGUAUCGAUUUGUCCACGAAAUUCGCGACACCGUUAGCCAAAGACGAGAAACGGGACGUAAAAGGAAGUUCUACUGAAUGUGUCCUGUUGGACUAUUCGAGUGCCGGUGUGAAAUGUGACGUUAUUAAAAUGGGCGGCGGAAAUACCGGGAGUAGUGCAUUGGGACCGCCCCCGCCUUAUCCUCAUUCACCUUCUGUUAGCGUGCAUAUAGUGAAAUCACCGGUUGCAAGCCCUUUGGUUGUACCCAGUCCGCUUUCCGCAUCACCCUGUAUUACCGAUGACGAACUUAUGGACGAGGCUCUAGCCGGUCUCGGCAAGUGAGAUUGCUAGCUGAUUUGUUUAGGUAAUAAUUAAUUACAUUAAUUCCUAUUUUUCCCUCUAUAAAUUGAGCGAAAAUUAUGGAUAUAUUUAGUAUGUAUAAAAAAGUGCCAAAUGAUGCAUUUUUUAGAAUUGUUAAAGUUACACAGGUCGUGUGGUUAAGCAAUCAGGUUUUAGCAGAUACUUAAAUGAUUAAUUGUCUUUCUAUUUGAAAAGAAAAAGACCAAUUUGUUAAAGGAAUUUUACCGCGUGUUCAGUCCGUAAUUUGCUGGGAACGGUCUUCUCCAACGGACCAACCGCUAUAUAUGCCGCAGGAUAAUAAUAAAAACCAGUUUUUAAUUAAUUAAUAAAGAACUCUUAAUACUCUCUACUUCUACUGAACUUAGAUAAUAGUUAGAUUUUAAUUAAAUCCUUUAUUUCAUUUGGUAAUUUGAUGGACAUUUCAGAUUUUUUAAAUAAUAACAUAACUCACUUGGAAAAAAUACAAUAUGGCAUUUAAUAACUCCAGGGUUUCGGUUAUUAUUACCUUGCGACAUAUAAACGAUAUAAAUAUAUUAAGACUAAGAUAAAAAUUUACGCAGGUUCAAAAAUACUUAAUAUAUGUACAUUGACAAUUUUUUGUAUAUUCCUUUAUACAUAAAAAUCAAAAUAUUCCCUCAAAAAAGUUGUUGCACUUGGAUGCAUAUUGUGAUAACAGUCAGAGUAUUUUUCUUUGAUUAUAAUAUCUUGCUUUUAAUUUAUUUCUUGUAUUUCUUUUCUAGUAGCGGUGCAAAAAGACAAUCUUUUCUUUAUUAAUUUCUGUAUUUUAUACAAAAAAGUAGUCAAUUCUAAUUAUUUGAAAGCUCACAAAGGCUAAAAAUGAUGAAAGUUUAACUUUCAGUAAUUUUUGUACUCAUUGAAUCAUGAAAAAUGGAAACUUUUCUCUAUUACUAUUUAUUUAUAACUUACGUUAAAGCUUUAAAUUUAUAUUUAAAACUUAAAACAAAAACC